GAUGCCCCGAUAAACAGUGACCGAUAAUUUUUAUAACUAUACUUAUAACUACUGUUUCUAACCUCGAAAGGAGCGGGUUAUCUUAUAACACGCUGCCGCCACCGACCUCGUAAACUAAUACCCCUUUUUACCACACAUUUUCAUGGCUCAAGCGGGAAUAAGCCAUGCAUGGUUGUCCACGACUGCAGCCAUUGUAUGCUGGUAUUGUAGCAACAUAGGCGUGCUCCUGCUAAAUAAGUAUUUGCUGUCAAGUACAGGAUUUCAUAACCCAGCUUUCUUAACGCUAGCACACAUGUUGGCUUGCGCGGCAAUCGGAUCAAUUCUUGCUGGCCUUAAAUGGACUCCGUCGAAGCUGAUUCGGAGUAGGCAGCAGUUCCUUACGGUUGUUCUCCUUUCGGCUGUCUUUUGCAUGACUGUGGUCCUCGGCAACGUUUCCUUGGCCUUCAUCCCAGUUUCUUUUACCCAAACCAUAGGCUCGACAACACCGUUCUUCACAGCCAUCCUGGCCUUCGUUAUGCAGGGCCAGCGUGAAGCACCUUUCACAUACGCUGCUCUCAUUCCGAUUAUGUUGGGCGUCAUUGUUGCUAGCGGCGGUGAGCCGGCCUUCCAUGUUAUUGGUUUCACGUGUUGCGUCGCUGCCACCGCCCUCCGGGCCCUGAAGUCCGUGGUGCAGUCCAUACUCAUGACCGACCCCGCCGAGAAAUUGGAUCCCAUGAGCCUGCUGCUCUACAUGAGCUGCACCAGUAUAUUAUUCCUGCUGCCCUUGACUUUGACGUUGGAACCGAACUCAUUCCGGGAGGCAGCUGCGCUCGCGGCCAGCUCACCUAGCUUCCUGUACUGGCUGGUUGCCAACAGCUGCCUAGCGUACUUGGUUAACUUGACCAAUUUUCUUGUCACCAGGUACACCAGCGCACUUACGCUGCAGGUGCUAGGUAACGCCAAAGGGGUUGUGGCGGCAGCGGUGUCUGUGGCCAUUUUUCGCAACGUUGUCACGGCGCAAGGAUGCAUCGGAUACGGUGUCACCGUUGCUGGUGUCUUCCUGUAUUCAGAAUGCAAGAGUUAUAAUGCAGCUGCUACGGCGACUGCUGGGCGUGCCUUUGAAGACGAUGAGGCAAAGGAUUUGACCGACCGGGAGCCGCUGCUCACUUCGAAGUUUGUCCAUACGGGGGACAUGCAGGUUCACAAUUGUUCAAAGCACCCCCCAACUUCAAGGGCCUAGAGGGGGUUGCUAUGUAGGGUUUGUCCGCUGUGACGUUUUGGGAGUAGCUCGCAAGCCGUUUCCAACGUUCUGGCAGUGGACCAGCCUACAGAGCUAUGUACGGCGGGCGUCUGUGUUUUGACACGCGGAUUGGAGGGGGGCAGUAACACGCCCACACACGUGACACAGUCCAAAGCCCAAACUGUCCCAAGUGCCGUGUCUGGCAUAAUGUUGAAAGCCGCUAGGUGUGCAGGCUUGGAUGUAGUGGACUUUGAAGAGCGGCCUAGGACUUGGAGGUUGUAGUUUCGGAGGUUGUGACUCUUUCGUGGUGAGGCGUCAGCGUGAGGGGGGCGGGCCCUCUCGCCCUAGUCACCUUGCCCCGUUAAUCCAUGCCAGGCCCUAUGGGCCGGCGUUGUAAUUAUUAUUAUUA